AUGCGCACUGAUGAGUCACAUAAGAUUUACUGUGCUCCGAAAGCACCAUCGAACGAGGAACCGAGUAACACCCCGGCGCCGAAGGUCAAUCCCACACCUGAGAACAACACCAACGGCCCUAAAUCUACAGAGUCACCUAGCACCAGUGCUCCCACAAUGACACCUGCCGCCGUGGCGGCAUCCGCGGAUAUGAAAGAGCUUCUCAGCCAGCACCCCGAACUCCGCAGUCAGCUACAAGAUAUGUACAAGUCGACGCUGGAAGAAGAAUGGGUGGAAUCGUACACAGCCCCCGCACGAGGACGUGGGCGUGGGCGUGGGCGAGGCCGUGGAGGGUCCGCUCCUCGUAGCCGUGGUCCAUGGACGUCCGAGAAAGGUUUCAACCGUGGCCUGGGUAGAGUCCGCAAGCUAAGGCAGGAUUGUGAGGAAGGGUCGGAGACAGUUCAGGCCGCCGAGGCUUUCAUGCGGUUUAUGGCGCUUAUCAAGUAUGGCCAGGAAUCAGACUCAGUUUGA